AGCGCCAGGAGGAAAAAAAAGAACCUUCUGUCAGAAAAGGUUGACCAGAUGAUGGAGUGGUCCUCUCGCCGCUCUGUUGUUCGAAUGAACGGUGACAAGUUUCGUCGUUUUGUCAAAGCCCCACCCAGGAACUACUCUGUCAUCGUCAUGUUUACAGCAUUGCAACCUCAGCGGCAGUGUUCUGUCUGUCGACAAGCAAACGAGGAGUACCAAGUCCUGGCAAACUCAUGGCGCUACUCAUCUGCUUUCUCAAACAAGCUGUUCUUCACUGUUGUGGACUAUGACGAAGGAGCAGAUGUUUUCCAGCAGCUAAACAUGAACAGCGCACCAACCUUCAUGCAUUUUCCAGCAAAGGGAAAGCCAAAAAGAGCAGACACAUUUGACCUACAGAGGAUUGGCUUUGCUUCAGAGCAACUAGCCAAAUGGAUUGCAGACCGCACAGAUGUCCAGAUUCGCGUCUUCCGUCCUCCUAAUUAUUCUGGGACCAUUGCUUUGGCUCUGUUAGUGUCUCUUGUCGGAGGUCUGCUUUACCUGAGAAGAAACAACUUAGAGUUUAUAUACAAUAAGACUGGAUGGGCCAUGGCAGCACUGUGUGUUGUUUUUGCAAUGACUUCUGGUCAGAUGUGGAAUCAUAUCAGAGGCCCUCCCUAUGCUCACAAAAACCCCCAGAAUGGACAAGUUAGUUACAUCCAUGGCAGCAGUCAGGCUCAGUUUGUGGCGGAGUCUCACAUCAUCCUUCUCUUGAAUGCUGCCAUCACCAUGGGUAUGGUGCUGCUGAAUGAAGCUGCUACCUCGAAAGGAGAUGUCGGCAAAAGAAGAAUUAUCUGCUUGGUCGGCCUCGGACUGGUCGUGUUUUUCUUCAGCUUCCUGCUUUCCAUUUUCAGGUCGAAGUAUCACGGAUACCCUUACAGGUAA